AUGACGAGCGACGAUCAGCAGUUCCUCGAUCUUCUAGCGAGUAUCCCACAGGACAUGGCGAGUUAUGGUUCCAGAAUAGCAGAUUAUAUCGAGAAGCACUCCAAUGCCAUCGCCGCCGAUCUUCGAGAGGCCAUCGACCACGCAUCAUGGCUGCCAGAGUCCUUGAAACCACCUCGCGGUGCAUCACAUGGCUUCUUCGCUGCACCCCCUCCACCACCACAAGGACCGUACGAGAAGACUGUCGCAUUCAUCUCUAAGAACCGGACGGCCAUCGCAGUUGUUUUGGCAUUUGCAGGCACAACGGCCUAUCUGGUACAUCGGAGGAGACGAGCACAUGCAAAGAAGAGACGAGCGAAGAAGCUGCCCAAUGGCGCAAAGAAGGAGAUUGUCGUGCUGGCUUGCUCGACUUUCCACGAUCCUCUCACACGCUCCUUGGCUGUCGAUCUAGAGCGACGGGGAUACAUUGUCUAUGUUACUGUUUCCUCGACUGAAGAGGACACGCUUGUUCACCAGGAAGCCAAACCCGAUCUACGUCCAAUCUGGAUCGAUGUCACGUCUACUGUGCCAAACCCAGCCUACGACACCCACCCAGAUCUCGACCCAAUCCGCGAACUCCUUUCCAAAUCCUCUAGAUCAAUUUCACCCUCCUCACCUCGUGUAUCUAUCGGAAGCAAGCCUUAUGAGCACUCGUUAGCAGGUAUCAUCCUCUUUCCAGGCUGCUCAGGCUAUCCCGUCGGACCUUUUGCACUCCUUCACCCCUCAGAUGUCGUCGAUAGCGUCAACACAAGAUUACUCCAACCACUUCUCACAGCACAGCAAUUCCUUCCUCUGCUGGCAAGACAUAGUUACGAUUCUAAAGCACCAACAAGCAUAGUAAUAGCCUACCCAUCUAUACCACAAGCACUAAACCCACCGGCCGAACUCACGUCAACCCUCGUAUCCACCUCGCUAUCAGCACUUGCUGCUUCCCUGCGCCGCGAAAUCACCGUCUCCUCAGCCAACAUCGUCGUCUCAGAACUCAAACUCGGCAACUUCGACCUCGGAUCAACAUACUCAAGAACAUUCAAUCGCGACAUCUACCCGGAGUCUGGCCACGAGCAUUCACAGGCCCUGACUCACUGGCACUCUUCACAGCGCGCCGCCGCACAAAGGAGUAGAUUUGGUCAAUCAAAAUCAACAAGAGGCAGUUCAGCCCGAGAAUUCCACAACGCCGUCUUCGAUGCCCUCGCACCCCCUUCGCGAUACAAGGCUUUCAAUCGCUGGGAAUGGGGCUUUUCUAAACGAAGCAGUGUCGUCUUCGUAGGCAGCGGCGCAAGAGUCUACGAUUUGUGCGGCAAGGUCCUGCCUAGUGGCCUAGUAAGCCUGAUGAUGGGCUACCGCAGAAGGAGAGAUACAUGUCUACUACCGGGCAGUGUAAGGGAAAAAGUCGAAGGUGACGGUCUAGAAGACCUGGAGACAAUUGGGCUUGUUAGCACGUUAGAUAUUGCGACGGGACAACCUGUGAGGAGACCUCGCGAUGAGGAAGAAGGCUUGGCUGGUGGGUUUGACGAAAGAAAUGCCUGGCGUGAGGGAAGUAGAGCUCAGAGUGACACGAGCAGCCAGGGACAGAUAUCGCUGCAGGAUCAUGAUCUUAAUCCUGGGGCGGGUGAGAGUGCGAUGUGGGAGAAAGUUUAG